GCUCAAUGCAGCCGCCCGCCUCUGUCACCCGGAGACGGUCCACUUAAAUGCGGCUCCAGGGCUGCGGGACACCCACCAGCAUCACUCCCCGGGAGGUGGCAAAUGCAACAUGCUGUCCAGCUUGGGGUGUCUCCUUCUCUGUGGAAGUUUUGCACUAGCCCUGGGAAAUGCACAGAAAUUGCCAAAAGGUAAAAGGCCAAACCUGAAAGUCCACAUCAACACCACAAGUGACUCUAUCUUCUUGAAGUUCCUGCGUCCAAAUCCUAAUGUAAAACUGGAAGGUUUUCUUCUGGGAUAUGGCAGCAAUUUAUCACCAAAUCAGUACUUCCCUCUUCCCCCGGAAGGAAAAUACACAGAGGCGGUAGUCGAUGCAGAGCCUAAAUAUCUGAUUGUCGUGCGGCCUGCUCCUCCACCAAGUCAAAAGAAGUCAUGCUCAGGCAAAUCACGCUCUCGCAAGCCUCUCCAGCUGGUGGUUGGCACUCUGACACCAAGCUCAGUCUUCCUGUCCUGGGGCUUCCUCAUUAACCCACACCAUGACUGGACAUUGCCGAGUCACUGUCCCAAUGACAGAGUUUAUACAAUUCGCUAUAGAGAAAAGGAUAAGGAGAAGAAAUGGAUUUUUCAGCUCUGUCCAGCCACUGAAACAAUUGUAGAAAACCUAAAGCCCAACACGGUUUAUGAAUUCGGAGUGAAAGACAAUGUAGAAGGUGGAAUUUGGAGUAAGAUUUUCAAUCACAAGACUAUUAUUGGAAGUAUAAACAAAGUAAAUGGGAAAAUUCAAAGUACCUAUGACCAAUCAAACACAGUGCCAGCAUAUGUUCCAAGGAAACUGAUCCCAAUAACAAUCAUCAAGCAAGUGAUUCAGAAUGUUACCCACAGAGCUUCAAUUAAACCCCCAGAUAGGACUCCCAUUGGAGGAACGAUACUGGUUCACCUUGUUAUUCCUGGUCUUAAUGAAACCACCGUAAAACUUCCUACAUCCAUAAUGUUUGAGAUUUCAGAUGCAAUCAAGACACAAUUAGCUAAGAAUGAAACCUUGGCAUUACCAGCUGAAUCUAAAACACCAAAGGUAGAAAAAAUCCCAGCACAGCCCAUAACAGUGACUCCUGACUCAGUUCUAGGAACCACUAAAUCCACUGUGUCUAGUGCAUUAAAUAUUUCAGAAACAACACUGGUUCUCAGCGAAAAGACCCCGGAAAGAUCGCCAACUAUUCUAAUACCUAGGUUUGAGUUACCUCUGAGCACUCUAGCUCCGAAAAGACUUCCAGAAUUUCCUCAGGCAAAAACACCCUUCCCUUUUGAGAAACCUGGGGGCGCCUUGGCUUCGAGUGAAAAGCCAUGGAUUGCACCUAUAACUAAAACAUCUGAAGAUUCCAAAGUUUUACCACCUCAAACUGCAGCUUAUGAUGUUUUCUCAAGUCCUAUGACGCCAGAUGAGCCUGAAAUAUCAGAGCCCCACACAGCGACAAGGGAUCCAUUUCUGGAUUCUGUCCCACCUAAAACUUCUAGAACUCUUGAACAGCCAAGGGCAACACUGGCUCCAAGUGAAACGCCAUUUAUUCCUCAAAAACUGGAAAUCAUUACCAGCCCUGAAAUGCAACCUACAACACCUGCUCCCCUGCAAACUACAUCUACAAGACACCGCAGGCCCAAACCACCAAGAACCAAGCCUGGAAGAACCAAAAGUCCUGGAACAACUACUUCUAAACUUUCUAAGAGCCCUGAACCUACAUGGACCACACUGGCUCCCAGUAAAACACAAUUUAUUUCUUUAAAACCUAAAAUCCCUCUGAGUCCAGAAGUGACACACAUCAAACCUGCCCCGGAACCUCUGACUCCAACACCAUCACAGUCAACAAUAGCUUUAGAACCUGGAACACUGGAAACCAAACCUUCAACAACAACAUUAGCUCCAUCCAAAACCAAAAGACCAAGUCGUCGCCCCCGCCCUAAAACCACACAUAGUCCAGAUGUGCCCAAGUCCAAACCCGCGCUGCAACCUGCUACGGUUCAACCGGAGCUCUGGGUGCCCACAAUUGCAUCAAAACCAUCCAAAAGACCUAAAACCACACACAGACCAGACGGACCUCAAACCCAGACGGAUUCAAAACCACCAAAGCCAUUACUUCCUAAACCCCAAACCACAGCAAAACCAGAUAUGCCAUCAACUAAAUCCGGCUUUGAGCCUGUUACAUCGGAGGCUGGAGCUCCCUCCAUAACCAUAGUUCCUGCCACAGACAUUGAACCUGAAACUCUGAGAACUGAGGCUCCCUGGACAACAUUAGCUCCAAAAACAUCAAAACCACCAAGAACACGUCCUCGGCGACCCAAGCCUUCAAAACGUCCAAAACGUCCAAAACAUCCCAAACCUCCCAAACAUGAAACCACACUGAGCCCAGAGGCACCUGCAACCGCGCUAGACAUUGAACCUGUUACUCCUGGGACAUCUUUAGCUCAAACAACAACAAAGAGACCCCGUCGUCCAUAUCCCAAACCUAAAAAAACCACACCCCAUCCAGAAGUACCUCAGAUUCCACUGGUUCCUGACACAAUCUUUGAACCAGGUAUUCCUAGAACCGAGGCUCCUGGAACAACACUAGCUCCCAAAGUGCCUGAACGAACUCGCCAUCCUCGUCCCAAACCUAAAACCUCACCAAGUCCUGAAGCUCCUCAGACCGAACUAGUUCCUAUUAGAGAGCUCAGACCUGUUACUUUUACAACUGAGACCUCUGGGACAACAUUAGCUACCAAAGCACCAAAAAGACCCCGUCCUCCACAUCUCAGACCUAAAUCUACACUGAGCCCUCAAGUGCCUCAGACCAAGCCUGUUCCUGCUACAGUCCCGGAACCUGUCACUUUUAGACCAGAGGCCACAGAAACAUCAUUUGUUUCCAAACCACCACGACGGAAGGGCCGUCCAUGUUCCAGACCAAAAACCACACCAGGUUCUGAAACACUUGAGUCCAAACCAGUUUCUACUACAGACUUUGAACCAGUAACGUUCAGAACUGAGGCUUGGGUGACAACACGAGCUCCUAAGCCAUCAAAACGGACCCGUCAUCCCAAACAUAAAACCAAACCAACUACUGAGGCACCUCAAACCAAAUUGGUCCCUAUUACAGAUCUUGAGCCUGGUACCCCUAGAACUGAAGCUCCAGAAAUCAUAGUUCCCAUCACAGGCUUUGAACAUGUUAUUCAUAGUUCUGAGGCUCCAAGAACAUUAGCUCCUACUGAUCUUCAAACUCUUAUUUGGAGACCAGUGACAUCACCAAGCCUAGAAAUGACACAAAGUCAACCUGUUUCUGAAGGCCUGGAAUCUGUUACAUUUAGCACUGAGUCAUCUGAGGAAGCUAUCGCAUCAGCCGAGACACAUUAUGUAUAUCCCACUUCCAAAGCGCCACUCAGGCCAGAGGAGCCACAGACUGAAGUUGUGGAAUCUAUUACAAAUGUGUCUGAACCACCUGAGACCACGUUAGAAGCAUCAACUCUGCCUUCCCAAACUGAAAUCCUACUCAGCCCAAAUGAGCCUCAGACUGGACUGGCUCCCAAGCAGACAGCGCGCACUCCUCCCAAAGCAAGACCAUCUCCACAUCCAAGAGUCCCUCAGACACAGCCAGCUCCUAAGGUGUUCCAGCGUGUUACUUCAAAGCCAAAAAUGUCACCAAGGCCAGAAGUGCCAUAUACUCCACCUGCUCCAGGAGGUGUGCUCCUUCCCCAUAAACCAGACCACGGAGCCUCUCAGAGAGAAUCUGUUCUGCAGCCUGUUACCUUUAGAAUUGAUCCACCAGAGACAACAAUAGCUCCUUUAGACACCCGAAGCAGUCCUUUCGUCCCUAUGAUUUCACCAAGUUCUAGUCAAGAGGAACUACAAAGCACUCUGGCAGAAACAGACCAAGCCACCCAAGUUCUCUUCACAACUAAGAUGCCACCAACAACUGAAUUGGCAAAGACAACUCAGGCACCACGCAGACUGUACACUAUUCCUGUGAGGCCCAAAAUACCAGAAAAAACAGACAUCAGACCUGUUCUGAAUAAGACAACUACAAGACCCACUAGACCCAAACCCAGUGGGAUGCCCAAAUGGAAUGAAAUGGGAACAGGGGUCAAGCAACCACCAAAGCCAUCGGGUGCUGGUAGAAAUGUGUCCAUGGACUCUACCCACUUCACAAAAAAACCAGCCACAAUUCCAGGCACUCGCCGUCCACCCUUUCCACCUAGACCUGUACCCCCUCGAAGAAAACCAUUGCCACCAAAUAAUGUCACUGGAAAGCCAGGAAGUGCAGGGAUCAUUUCAUCAGGCCUAGGAACAUCCCCACCCCUGCCGGCAACACUCAGGCCCACUGGACCCACCUCAGAGAGAACAGAGUCAGACAAAAAGGAUCCAACAGCUCCCGCCUCAGGAGAAGAUCUUGGUGAUACGACUGACUUUAGCUCAAGUCCAACAAGAGAAACUGAUCCUCUUGGGAAACCCAGAUUCGUAGGGCCUCAUGUGAAAUACAUUACAAAAGCUGACGACAGGCCCUGCUCCAUCACUGACUCCAUCAAACGGUUCCCCAAAGAGGAGCCCACAGAGGGGAAUGCCACCAGCCCGCCGCAGAACCCACCCUCCAACCUCACUGUGGUCACCGUGGAAGGAUGCCCCUCAUUUGUCAUCUUGGACUGGGAAAAGCCACUCAAUGACACUGUCACUGAAUAUGAAGUUAUAUCCAGAGAAAAUGGGUCAUUCAGUGGGAAGAACAAGUCCAUCCAAAUUACAAAUCAAACCUUCUCCACAGUAGAAAAUCUAAAGCCAAACACAAGCUAUGAAUUCCAGGUGAAACCAAAAAACCCACUGGGGGAAGGCCCGCUCAGCAACACGGUGGCAUUCAGUACUGAAUCAGCGGAUCCGAGAGUGAGCGAGCCAGUUUCUGGAGGAAGAGAUGCCAUCUGGACAGAAAGACCCUUUGAUUCAGACUCUUACUCAGAAUGUAAAGGCAAACAAUAUGUCAAAAGGACUUGGUAUAAAAAGUUUGUAGGGGUGCAGCUAUGCAACUCUCUCAGAUACAAGAUUUAUCUGAGCGACUCCCUCGCAGGAAAGUUUUAUAACAUAGGCGAUCAGAGAGGCCAUGGAGAAGAUCACUGCCAAUUUGUGGACUCAUUUUUAGAUGGACACACAGGGCAGCAAUUGACUUCUGAGCAGUUACCCACAAAACAAGGCUAUUUCAGAGCAGUUCGCCAGGAGCCUGUCCAGUUUGGAGAAAUCGGUGGUCACACCCAAAUCAAUUACGUUCAGUGGUAUGAAUGUGGGACCACAAUUCCUGGAAAAUGGUAGAUGCUGCAAUCAUGUUCACAAGUGCUUUGUUUCAUCGUGGCAAAAAAUAAUUGCACACACUAUGGUAUUUGUCAUGUCCAUGAAAAGCUGUUCUGUUUACUAUGUAUAAAAGUUUGAAAUCUAAUUGAUAGCAAUAUUAGAUGUUUAUUAGAAAAAUUGCUGAGAAUAUUUAUCAGGUUUUAAAAAGUCAUUUUAAUAAAGCAAGGUAUUAACAGAGUAACAUUUUUCUGGGGAAGCUGGCUCCCUAUUCAUGGUAUUUUAAGAGAUUGUUUUGUAUAUUAUUUAUCACAAUGUUGUAAUGUUUUGAGAUACUUUUAUAACAAAAUUAACAUCAAAAACUAAUAUACUUUUUAAAAAAUGUUUACUUUUAUUAAUGUGUAUUCUUCCUACUGGUGAGUUAAUUCCAUAAAUCUCUCUUUGGUUUAACUUAUUAGAUCAGAUUAACUUCAGCAUAUAUAUCUGGGGGUAAUAUUCACAUGUUUACUUAAACUUCAGGGUUUUUUUUAGCAAUAGUUGAAUAUCUUUUCUGAAUGUUUAAAUAAACAUUCAUGUGAAUAUACAUUUCCUCAAAUAUUUGUAAGGUUGUUUCAAUAAGCAAAUUUCAUUUCAGCUAAAAAUAGAAUUGAGAGAACAACAGUUUCAAAAAUACAUUUUCUUACUAUACUCAUAAUUAUAUAUUACAAUAUCUGAAUAUACUUUGUCAAACUAUCCCUUCAAGCAACUGUCUUUGUAUUGUUUUUAAUAUAAUUCUAAACAAGUUGUAUGAGGAAACUGAAUGUGAAGUCUGAGCACAAAAAGAUAACAUGAGAUCACUACCAUUUUACAGAAAUAUUUACUAUAUUUUUACACAUAAGGAAUGAAUGUUUCAGAAGAUGUUUUCAUAGUCCAACUUAACCUGUACUUACUCAGACCCAUUUUUAUUUAAAAAGGUAUUUCCCCCAUUUGGAGAGGGAGGUGGGAAUGCUGUAUUGUUGCCCUCAUUCUGAGAGGUCCCUUUCAACAUGCUUCAAUUUUAUCAAUGCUACACUCUGUACUUUUCAAACAAGUAGAAACUGCAAUAAAGAGAUUAGUGUUUUUUUAA